CCCCAACACCACCCCCAGCUAACUCGCCCAUCAUGUCGAUGCAAAUUUUUGGCGACCAGGCAACAGAAGAAAAGGCCGAGAACGCGCGCCUCUCAUCCUUUGUUGGCGCGCUCGCCGUUGGCGACCUCGUCAAAUCCACGCUCGGUCCAAAAGGGAUGAACAAAAUCCUCCAAUCCGGCUCAACUGGCGAGAUCAACGUGACCAACGACGGGGCGACGAUCCUCAAGUCGAUCCAGCUCGACAACGCGGCUGCCAAGAUCCUCGUCAACAUCUCCAAAGUGCAGGACGACGAGGUCGGCGACGGCACGACGAGCGUCUGUGUGCUGGCGGCGGAGCUGCUGAGGGAGGCGGAGAAGCUGAUCGGGAUGAAGAUCCAUCCGCAGACGAUUGUGAAUGGGUAUAGGAUCGCGAGCAAGGCGGCGCUUGAGUCGUUGGAGGCAGCUGCGGUGGACCAUUCCUCGGAUGCAUCUCAGUUCCGGCAAGAUCUAUUCAAUAUCGCGCGUACGACGCUCUCAUCGAAGGUCCUCUCGCAAGACAAGGACUAUUUCGCCAACCUCGCUGUCGAUGCUGUCCUCCGGCUGAAGGGCUCAACAGACCUCGAACACAUCCAGAUCAUUAAAAAGGUCGGCGGGAAGCUGACAGACUCAUAUCUCGACGAGGGUUUCAUUCUCGACAAAACGAUCGCGGUCAACUCGCCAAAACGGAUCGAGAACGCGAACAUUCUCAUUGCCAACACAUCCAUGGACACGGACAAAAUCAAAGUGUUUGGUGCGCGGAUGAAGGUGGAUGGGACGGGCAAGCUAGCAGAGCUGGAGCGGGCAGAGAAGGAAAAAAUGAAAGCCAAAGUGGACGCAAUCGCGCAGCACGGCAUCAACGUGUUCAUCAACCGGCAGCUCAUCUACAACUACCCCGAGUCGCUCCUCUGCGAGAAGGGCAUCAUGGUCAUCGAGCAUGCGGACUUCGAGGGCGUCGAACGCCUCUCGCUCGUCACUGGCGGCGAGAUCGCGAGCACGUUCGAGCGCCCCGAUCUCGUUAAACUUGGCAAGUGCGAACUGAUCGAGGAGGUGAUGAUUGGCGAGGAUCGCCUCAUCAAGUUCUCGGGCGUCGCCGCCGGCGAAGCCUGCACGGUCGUCCUCCGCGGCUCGACGAACCAGAUGGUCGACGAGGCGGAGCGCUCGCUGCACGACGCGCUCUCGGUCCUCUCUCAGACCGUUCGCGAGACGCGCGUGGUCCUGGGAGGUGGCUGCGCAGAGAUGGGCAUGUCCGUGGCGGCUGACGCCGCCGCCCGCACGGUGUACGGAAAGCAGGCGAUCGCGGUCGAGGCGUUCGCGCGCGCGCUGAGGCAGAUUCCGACGAUCUUGGCGGAUAAUGCGGGGUACGAUUCGAGUGAGCUUGUCGCGAGGCUGAGGGCGGCGCAUUAUGAGGGGAAGAAGGACGCUGGCCUUGACAUGAAUGGGGCGACGGUGGCGAGCAUGCGUGAGCUCGGGAUUACGGAGAGCUACAAGCUCAAGCGACAGGUGGUGCUCAGCGCGACUGAGGCUGCUGAGAUGAUUAUUCGUGUGGACGACAUCCUGCGCGCGUCGCCCCGGAGACGAGAGGGGGCGUAGGGGAGUGUGCCAAUAAGUUGAGGCAGUUUUUGUACAUACUCAUUUUCAGUGAACAGUGCUAUUUCACUCGCUGCACAAUUAUACAUUGCUACUGAAGAAGUCCCAUGUGGAAAAGCACAGCAAAGCAG